AUGGCCGGAGACGCGGCGGCGGGGAACCAGGAGGCGCGCCGCGACAGGAACCAGGAGGAGCGCGGCGGCGGGAUCCGGGAGGCGCGCCGCGGCGGAUCCGAGGAGGAGCGCGGCGGCGGCGAUGCGAGGAGGCGUGCGGCGGCGGGGAUGCGGGAGGAGCGCGGCGGCGGGGUCCGGAGGCGCGCGGCGUCGGGGUCCGGAGGCCCGCGGCGGCGGGGUCGGGAGGCGCGCGGCGGCGGGCCCACAGCGUCCAACAUAAUCUUAUUUCUUAGUAUUACAUCGACGGUUCCUUUCUUUUUUGGUCGUGGUGUGCUGAGAGCUGCAGCCCACAUUCUCGUCAAAUCGAGCGCGUGCAGUUGUGGAAUCGGCGGGUGGAGGCGUGGUGUUGCCGGCGAGCGACUGCCCGCGGCCGACGGCGAGCUGGCUUCAGCUGGAACUACGGCGGUCGGCGAGGGCUGCUGCUGGGGAUUGCGGCGACCGGCGGGUGACCUCGGCGGCCUGAAUCGAUUCUGGCGGAAGGCGUCGAGGCGGGCAUACGGCCUCCCCACCGCUCUGGCUACCGGAGGAACGACCACGAGCGCCGCUGGCCCGAGCCCCCGCCCCCUGCCAUCUGCGGUGGUUCGACGCGCGCCCUGCAUCCAAGACUGCUCCGGCCGCUUCUCCUACAUCUGUCGCCUGCCGCCCCCACCAUCUUCUUCGUCGCCGGUGUCCGGCAAGCUCCGUAUCCCUUCAUCCCUGCAUCAGCUACUUGUUGGGCUAAGGCGGCAAGUGAAACUCGAUUACUGGAAGUGUAUGUUGUUUGUCAAGAUCAUGUUAAUGCUGAAGCUUUCGGAGUUCAAGACUGAUUAUGAUCAAGUGAUUGAAGUGCUUGUCAAAACAGUGCACUUAUCAUAGAAAGAAAGGAGAAGUUCUUUUCACUUUAGAAUGCGCAAGGAUGUUGACAAGAUGAUCUUCACACCGUGUUGGCUAAUAGGACAUAAUAAAAUUAUCAAAGUGGUGUAAUAAAAAUAGCACAAGUGUAAUUAAUUGCCGUGUCUUUGUUCCCUUAAUUUCUUGAUUUUACAGCACAUUAUGCCACAAUAUGUUGGGUACCUGGAUACUUACGUAUCUGGAGACUUUUUGGUACCUGCCUAUUAAAUACAGAUAGAUUCUGUAUUAUUUU